AUGAAGGGAGGGCGGCGAUCCAACAGGAGGCUCCUCAGGUCCUUCCUGGGCGCGUGCAGGAGACUCAGCGCCGAGCUGCAGCUGCUCCGCGCCGCCGCCCCGACGGCGAGCGCGUGGGCGCAACUCGAGGACGGCGACGAGGCCAUCCCGGUUGACGUGCCCAGGGGCCACACGGUGGUGUACGUCGGGGAGGAGCUGCGGCGGUACGUCGUCCGGGUGUCCUCACUCGACCACCCCCUGUUCCGGGAGCUGCUCGACGGCGCGCGGGAGGAGUACGAGUUCGCCGCCGACGCCAGGCUCUGCCUGCCCUGCGACGAGGACAUCUUCCUCGGCGUGCUCUGCCACGUCGACCCCAAGCACGAGCACUGGAGGCUAGCACUCUGCAGCUGAUCACAGUGAUCCCCGGCCCGAACGCAGCCUCGGUGGAUUCCCCUGGUUGGCUCCUCUCCUGUGUAGGAGGAUCCCAAAGUAGCUAAAUUCUGCGAGAUAACGAGAUUUGCGGUCAUGGUCUCAGGUGUAUAGGUGUAGGCUCCAUCUGUGCAGAAAUUUAGUUCCGCUGUUCAUUGCUCUGUAUUCCAUUCUCAAGGAUGCGUCGCAUGCAAAAUGACGUGGUA